AGUUCCCGCCAUCAGCCGCUCUCCCUGAGUAGGGGGAGUGAGCGGCCCCUCUCCGUCCCGGUUGCCCCUUUCCUUCCUUACCCCCGGCUCCUCCCCCUGCGCGCGGACUCUGUGCUUCCGGCAGGCCAGUGCAGGGCUCCGGAACCGAAGGCACAGCUGAGUUGAUGGCUUCCGGAGAACUGGCAUAGCUGCAAAAUAUGAGUAGUUCCCCAAGAAGAGUGCAUUGCCUUUGGCACAAGGAUCAGAAUAAAGGUGAAUUGUUAUUACAUAGGGUUUUUCAGUAAAAGUCACUGAAAAAAUCUGUCAGGUGAAGGUGUAUUUUUGCUUUUUAAUUUGGCUAGAAGCAAUUUAUUUUUAAAGAAAGUAUGUCUCCUCUGAAGAUACACGGUCCUAUCAGAAUUCGAAGUAUGCAGACUGGAAUUACAAAAUGGAAAGAAGGGUCCUUUGAAAUUGUGGAAAAAGAGAAUAAAGUCAGCCUGGUAGUUCACUACAACACUGGAGGAAUUCCAAGGAUAUUUCAGUUAAGUCAUAACAUUAAAAAUGUGGUGCUUCGACCCAGUGGAGCGAAACAAAGCCGCCUAAUGUUAACUCUACAGGAUAACAGCUUCUUAUCUAUUGACAAAGUACCAAGUAAGGAUGCAGAGGAAAUGAGGUUGUUUCUAGAUGCAGUCCAUCAAAACAGACUUCAUGCAGCCAUGAAACCUUCUCAGGGGUCUGGUAGUUUUGGAGCUAUUCUGGGCAGCAGGACUUCACAGAAGGAAACCAACAGGCAGCUUUCUUACUCAGACAAUCAGGCAUCUUCAAAAAGAGGAAGUUUGGAAACUAAAGAUGAUAUUCCAUUUCGAAAAGUUCUUGGUAAUCCAGGUAGAGGGUCAAUUAAGACUGCAACAGGAAGUGGACUACCUGUCACCCGGACAAUUCCCUCUUUGACAUCUACAUCAACCCCUCUUAGAUCAGGGUUAUUAGAAAAUAGGACUGAAAAGAGGAAAAGAAUGUUAUCUGGCUCAGAGUUGAGUGAAGAUUACCCUAAGGAAAAUGAUUCAUCAUCGAACAACAAGGCUAUGACAGAUCCCUCCAGAAAGUAUUUAACCAGCAGCAGAGAGAAGCAGCUGAGUUUGAAACAGUCAGAAGAGAAUAGGACAUCAGGGCUUUUACCUUUACAGUCAUCAUCCUUUUAUGGCAGCAGAACUGGAUCUAAGGACUACUCCUCUGGUAGCACUAACUUAGACAGGACCAAUGUUUCAAGCCAAACUCCCUCUGCCAAAAGAAGUUUGGGAUUUCUUCCUCAACCAGCUCCUCUUUCUGUUAAAAAACUGAGGUGUAACCAGGAUUACACUGGCUGGAACAAACCAAGAGUGCCCCUUUCCUCUCACCAACAGCAGCAACUUCAGGGCUUCUCCAAUUUGGGAAAUACCUGCUAUAUGAAUGCUAUUUUACAGUCUCUGUUUUCACUUCAAUCAUUUGCAAAUGACUUGCUUAAGCAAGGUAUCCCAUGGAAGAAAAUUCCACUCAAUGCACUUAUCAGACGCUUUGCACACUUGCUUGUUAAAAAAGAUAUCUGUAAUUCAGAGACCAAAAAAGAUUUACUCAAGAAGGUUAAAAAUGCCAUUUCAGCUACGGCAGAGAGAUUCUCUGGUUAUAUGCAGAAUGAUGCUCAUGAAUUUUUAAGUCAAUGCUUAGACCAGCUGAAAGAGGACAUGGAAAAGUUAAAUAAAACUUGGAAGACCGAACCUGUUCCUGGAGAAGAAAAUUCAUCAGAUAUUUCAGCCACAAGGGUGUACACUUGCCCUGUUAUUACUAACUUGGAGUUUGAAGUUCAGCACUCCAUCAUCUGUAAAGCAUGUGGAGAAAUUAUUCCCAAAAGAGAACAGUUUAAUGACCUCUCCAUUGACCUUCCUCGAAGGAAAAAGCCACUCCCUCCUCGUUCAAUUCAAGAUUCUCUUGAUCUUUUCUUUAGGGCAGAAGAACUUGAGUAUUCCUGUGAGAAGUGUGGUGGGAAGUGUGCUCUUGUCAGGCACAAAUUUAACAGGCUACCCAGGAUCCUCAUUCUUCAUUUAAAACGAUAUAGCUUCAAUGUCACUCUCUCACUUAACAACAAGAUUGGGCAGCAAGUCAUCAUUCCAAGAUACCUGACCCUAUCUUCUCAUUGCACUGAAAAUACAAAACCACCCUUCACCCUUGGUUGGAGUGCACAUAUGGCAAUUUCUAGACCAUUGAAAGCCUCUCAAAUGGUGAAUUCCUGCAUCACCAGCCCUUCUACACCUUCAAAGAAUUUCACCUUCAAAUCCAAGAGCUUGGCUUUAUGCCUUGAUUCAGACAGUGAGGAUGAGCUAAAACGCUCUGUGGCCCUUAGCCAGAGACUUUGUGAAAUGUCAGGCUGCGAACAGCAGCAGGAAGACCUGGAAAAAGAUUCAAAAUCAUGUAGAAUAGAGCCUGAUAAGUCUGAAUUGGAAAACUCCGGAUUUGACGGAAUGAGCGAAGAAGAGCUUCUAGCAGCUGUUUUAGAGAUGAGUAAGAGAGAAGCUUCACCAACUCUGAGUCAUGAAGAUGAUGAUAAACCAACCAGCAGCCCAGAUACCGGAUUUGCAGAAGAUGAUAUUCAAGAAAUGCCUGAAAAUCAAGACACUGUGGAGACUGAGAAGCCCAAAACAGUCACAGAGACCGAGUCUGCCGGUUUUACUGAGAUAACUAAAGACUGUGAUGAGAAUAAAGAAAACAAAACUCCAGAAGGGUCUCAAGGAGAGGUCGAUUGGCUCCAGCAGUAUGAUAUGGAGCGUGAAAGGGAAGAGCAAGAGCUUCAGCAGGCAUUGGCUCAGAGCCUUCAAGAGCAAGAAGCUUGGGAACAGAAAGAAGAUGAUGACCUCAAAAGAGCAACAGAGUUAAGUCUUCAAGAGUUUAACAACUCUUUUCUGGAUUCGUUGGGUUCCGAUGAGGACUCUGGCAAUGAGGAUGUUUUAGACAUGGAGUACACAGAAGCGGAGGCGGAGGAACUAAAAAGAAAUGCAGAGACAGGAAAUCUUCCUCAUUCUUAUCGACUCAUUAGUGUUGUCAGUCACAUUGGUAGCACCUCUUCUUCAGGUCAUUACAUUAGUGAUGUGUACGACAUUAAGAAGCAGGCAUGGUUUACUUACAAUGAUCUCGAGGUAUCUAAAAUCCAGGAGGCUUCUGUGCAGAGUGAUCGGGACCGGAGUGGUUAUAUCUUCUUUUAUAUGCACAAGGAGAUCUUUGAUGAGCUGCUGGAAACGGAAAAGAAUUCUCAGGCACUUAGCAUGGAAGUGGGGAAGACCACUCGUCAGGCCUUGUGAGGAACAAACUCCUGGGUUGGCAGUGUGCACUGCUUAUUCCCUCUUACUGCUGCCCACCUCACCUUUCCUCUGCCCAAGGAGAAUUUGGAAUUCUACUUGAUGCGGGAGCAACAAACAGCUCAGGGCCAAACCAAAAGACGAAAAUUGCAAUUAUGUGGAACGCUCCAUGCUAAUUGUUUUAUGGAAACUUUGGUCUCACAUCUGUAGCUGAUUAUCCUCUUUUUCUCCUACAAGAGUGGCACUUCCUUUUGUCUUAGGAAUACAUGUUGUAAAUAAUAUAUAUAUGUACAUACACGCACACACAUGUAUGUGGAAUGAAUGGAGCCUUAAAGAGUUAGGAUGAGCCACCAUAGUAUUCCUGUUCAAAAUUAAUAGCACAGAGUUUGGAGAAGAAAUGAAGGUGUCAAAGAGUCCAUUCACUUGAGAGAUGUGUAAAGAUGUACAUAUCGGUUGGCAUUUAGUUUUUCUGUUCCUUGAGUAGUUUCACUCAAGUCUAUAAUCUUUCACGUGUGUUUCUUAUUAGUAAAGUUCACUGGAAAGCCAGCUCUCCAUGUUACACUAAUGACAGUUUGUCCUCCUUGCAAGGGAGAGGCAUUUCUGCCACCUGACGUGAGGAGCUUUUUUUUUUUUUUUUUAAUUAAUUCAUGGAUUUGUAAUGCUUUGCUGUUUACAUGCAGUCCCAAGAAAUGGAUUGUUGGUGCUUUGGAGUGGGUUAUAGUCCCCCGUUUGGUAUUCAUUGAACACUUUGUAUUUUCUUUAAAAGAGAUCCCUUCACACAGUAUAUUCAUCUGUAUUAUUGUAGUGAAGACAGAAUCUUUUCUUUUUCUUCUGUAUCAUUCUUCCAUGGAGCAAGCAUUACCCUAAUAGAUUGCAACCAAAAUUUUAAGAGGUAAGAAAAUAAUAUCCCAAUUGGGAUUCCCCAGCAAGGACACUUGGGGAUAUGGAAGAGUGCUAGCAUCUGUCUCAUACAUGGAGAGGUCAGGAUGAGGAUUCUCGCAUUAAAGCUAAAAACUCUGGACCACUAGAAGCCCUACUGCAAGCGGGAAAUUAAGUACAUGAGCUUAGGAUGAAGCUUGAGCAUUUAAUCAUUUGUUGUCUGUCUUUGCCCUUAAAACAGGGUGAGAAUUAGAAUGAGAUUGGUUUAGGUAAACCCAAGAACUAACAAGUAACAAAGGUGCAUAAUAUAUUUUAUCUUUUUAGGUGCUUUGAGUUGAGGGUAAAUGGGAAUGCAACAUUAAGUGCCACAUUAGUCACUCCGCUGGCGUAACCAGUUUGGAUAUUAAGCAGCUUGUGAAACCAUAUAAAGAAUGAGUUCGAGAGGAGAAUUCUAUCCACAAAAUAACUUUGUAAGCCCGGGAAUCAUUAGGUUCGCACAGUUAAGUGCAGCAAAAUGAAACUUUCAAUAUUUUCUUUCAUGUUUUACUUCCUUUUAUUAUCAGGAAGGAGGGAAUUCUUGUUUCAGUUCUGAGGUAGGGACAAAACCACAUCAGUUUUUCAAGGGGAGGAUACAUGUUAAAGUCCAUCAUCACAGAAGGUGCAACAUCUUCUCUAGAAGAUUGCCUUAAGAGAGCACCAGGCCCCACACUUGGACAUGUUCUGACACAGUAACUUGUUCUAAAAUUCUCAGUUUUUAAAUUGUAAAUGGCCCCAGUGCGUUGGUUAACUCCAGAUGAAAAGCUCUGCCUCCUACCAUCUACCCAUGCACUACCACAGUGAACCUUCCAAAAUGGUGCACCGGUCGGUUGUGCUUGAAUCAUAUAGAGCAGAGGAAAAUAACUGUUUUAAAACUGUAGCUUUUGCUGGAAAAUAACUGUUUUUUUCCAAAACGAGUGAAGUGGUGAUCAAAUUCUAUAGCUAGUUAGGACUUCUCUUCCGCAUGUUUGCAUUUGAGAGCUUCGAGAGGUGCUGUUUAAAAUGACUGGAAAUGUAUUGAAGUGAGGGAUGCAUUAGGGCAUUAAAAAAAAAUAGAAAUGAUGCCAUAGGCCUGAUUGCCCAUUACCCUCAUUUGACUUGCUUUUUGUAGCCGGUGUGUUUGUGUGUGGGUGGGUGGUUUAGAAGUACACGUGGCUUAGAAACCUGUUUUGAUUUGAUCUUCCUUUCUUGGGCUGGACUUGCUAAUUGAAAAUAGGUUACUGAGGUAGAUGAAUUAUCUUACUGCUGAUAUGCUUGCAACUUUGGGACUUGAAUUUUCCUUGGUCUGUGCAUUUUUGUGGCCUUGUCAGCUUUCCUCCCUCCCUGUGCUCUUUUAUCCCCCCUUUCACUACACUUCUCAUUUGGGUUCAUGACUACAGAUGGAAAUUUUAGCUUUGAAGGGGUUUAUUGGGUUUUUUUUGAGCUGGUUGUAUAUAUUUAAA